AUGAUCAAAGUUCAUUUUGAUAAAGGCAUCCAGCAUGCCAUCAAUGAAACACAUACUAGUAGCAUUUCCCCAUACACCUGUGUCAGUCAAUCUGCUCUCUAUCUCUCACUCCCCAAAAUCUAUCCCUUUUACCCUCAUCCGCAUCUUUCCUUGUCUCACCUUGCUCCCCCCGUUAUCUUUUGUGUCUGUCUUAAAGUGUUGUACUUCUAUCUAUUUAUGAAUUCAUCUAAACGUGGUUAUAUCUAUCUAUCUAUCUAUCUAUCUAUCUAUCUAUUUAAUGUUUCAAAUUUCAUUUAUCUAUCUAUCUAUCUAUCUAUCUAUCUAUCUAUCUAUCUAUCUAUCUAUCUCAGUCUGUCUGUUCAAAUUCUAUCUAUCUAUCUAUCUAUCUUGAAAUUAUCAUAUCUCAUCUAUUCAUAUCUAUCUAUCUAUCUAUCUAUCUAUCUAUCUAUCUAUCUAUCUCAGUCUGUUCAUAUCUAUCUAUCUAUCUAUCUAUCUAUCUAUCUAUCUCCAAAUGAGAGAAAGAACAGAUGGAUUUUUUUUCCAUCCAGGCUUCUGUCUCACGCCAUUCGUUCAAUAAAAAGAAUCAGUGUUGGCGUCAGUGCUUGUUCCAGGUACUAG